AACAAUUUACCUCUUCGCGUGUUUUAUUUUUGCAAAACAACAAAUUAUUAUAAAAAUUGCAUUCUUUGUGCAUCGGUGGCUGCAGGCAAAUACCAAGCGCUAAAAAUUUGUUAAACAAUUGUUAUUUGUUAAGUUUGUUUGAUUGUUUUUGAUUAAAAGUUUGUUUUCUUAAUAAAAAUGGCUGAUUUACCAAGUUCUCCACCGCCAGCAACACCCAGCGAUGGUGCCGAUAGACGUGACCUAAGGGCCGCCAUGACUUCGCCUGUGGGAGAUUUUGAACCUUUUGAAAAUGAAGAUGAAAUUUUGGGUGAUCAAACAGUGCGUGACGAAGAAGAGGAAGAUGGAGAGGAAUUGUUUGGAGAUAAUUUGGAAAAUGAUUAUCGCCCUAUGCCAGAACUGGAUCAUUAUGAUCCUGCUAUGCUCGACGAUGAAGAAGACUUUUCCGAGCUGUCACAGGGUGAUCGUUUGGCAGCUGAACGGGAAAUGAAUAGAAGAGAUCGUGCCAAGGGUAUACAUCGUGAUGACCGUGAUUUGGGCUUUGAUCAGAGCGAUGAUGAUGACGAUGUGGGUCCUAGAGCUAAACGUAGGGCCGGCGAGAAAGCGGCUGUGGGAGAGGUAGAAGAUUCCGAAAUGGUAGAAUCCAUAGAAAAUCUAGAAGAUACUAAGGGUCAUUCUACCAAAGAAUGGGUUAGUAUGUUAGGUCCCCGCACCGAAAUUGCCAAUCGCUUUCAAUCGUUCUUGCGUACCUUUGUGGACGAAAGGGGAGCCUAUACCUAUCGUGAGCGCAUACGCCGUAUGUGUGAACAAAAUAAAUCUUCAUUUGUUGUCUCCUAUACUGAUUUGGCGAAUAAAGAACAUGUAUUAGCUUAUUUCUUACCCGAAGCUCCCUUUCAAAUGUUGGAGAUUUUCGAUAAAGUAGCCAAGGACAUGGUUUUAUCUAUUUUCCCCACCUACGAACGUGUUACUACGGAAAUUCAUGUGCGCAUUUCAGAAUUGCCUUUAAUUGAGGAAUUGCGUACAUUCCGUAAAUUACAUUUAAAUCAAUUGGUACGUACUUUGGGUGUUGUAACCGCCACUACAGGAGUAUUGCCACAGUUGUCUGUUAUCAAAUAUGAUUGUGUUAAGUGUGGUUAUGUUUUGGGUCCUUUUGUACAGUCACAAAAUGCUGAAGUUAAACCUGGCUCAUGUCCUGAGUGUCAAAGUACUGGUCCUUUCUCGAUCAAUAUGGAACAAACUUUGUAUCGUAAUUAUCAAAAAAUUACUCUACAAGAAUCACCCGGCCGAAUACCCGCUGGUCGUAUACCACGUAGCAAAGAUGUUAUCUUGCUAGCAGAUCUUUGCGAUCUCUGUAAGCCUGGUGAUGAAUUAGAAGUCACUGGUAUUUAUACCAAUAACUAUGAUGGCUCUUUAAAUACCGAUCAAGGUUUUCCCGUCUUUGCCACUGUUAUCAUAGCCAAUCAUAUUGUAGUUAAGGAUUGCAAGCAGGUUGUUCAAUCUUUAACCGAUGAAGAUAUUGCCACCAUACAAAAAUUAAGCAAAGAUCCACGUAUUGCCGAACGUAUUGUAGCAUCAAUGGCUCCCUCCAUUUAUGGUCAUGAUUAUAUUAAACGCGCUUUAGCAUUGGCUUUAUUUGGUGGCGAAUCCAAGAAUCCCGGUGAUAAGCAUAAGGUCAGAGGUGAUAUCAAUUUGUUGAUAUGUGGUGAUCCUGGUACAGCCAAAUCACAAUUUUUAAAAUACACCGAAAAAAUUGCUCCACGUGCUGUAUUCACUACUGGCCAAGGUGCCAGUGCUGUAGGUUUGACUGCCUAUGUAAGACGUAAUCCUAUUUCACGUGAAUGGACUUUAGAAGCUGGUGCCUUGGUAUUGGCCGAUCAGGGUGUAUGUUUAAUUGAUGAGUUUGAUAAAAUGAACGAUCAAGAUCGUACUUCUAUACACGAAGCCAUGGAACAACAAUCUAUUUCCAUAUCAAAAGCUGGUAUUGUUACUUCUCUACAGGCUAGAUGUACUGUAAUUGCUGCCGCCAAUCCCAUUGGUGGACGUUAUGAUCCCUCAAUGACAUUCUCCGAAAAUGUUAAUUUAUCCGAACCCAUUCUGUCACGUUUCGAUGUAUUAUGUGUGGUAAAGGAUGAAUUUGAUCCUAUGCAAGAUCAACAUUUGGCUAAGUUUGUUGUCAACUCACAUAUUAAACAUCAUCCUUCCAGCGAGGCUGAAAUGGAGGAGACCCAACCUAGUGGUGUUAGUGAAAUACCACAAGAUCUUUUGAGACAAUAUAUAGUGUAUGCCAAAGAAAAUAUAAGACCAAAAUUAACGAAUGUUGAUGAAGACAAAAUUGCCAAAAUGUACUCACAACUACGUCAAGAGUCCUUUGCCACCGGUUCUCUACCCAUAACAGUACGUCACAUUGAAAGUGUUAUACGUAUGGCUGAGGCUCAUGCACGCAUACAUUUGCGUGAAAAUGUCAUUGAAGCUGAUGUCAGCAUGGCCAUACGCAUGAUGUUGGAAUCGUUUAUUGAAGCCCAGAAAUUCAGUGUUAUGAAAAAGAUGCGUACAACAUUCCAAAAGUAUUUGGCCUUCCAAAAGGAUCAUUCCGAAUUGUUAUUCUUUAUACUGCGUCAAUUGACAUUGGAUCAAUUGGCCUAUAUUAGAUGUAAAGAUGGUCCAUCGGCAACACAUGUGGAAAUUAUGGAAAGAGAUUUAUUGGAACGUGCCAAGCAAUUGGAUAUUUUCAAUUUGAAACCAUUCUAUGAAUCGGAAUUGUUUAAACAAAAUGGUUUUUCUUAUGAUGCUAAACGGCGCAUCAUUUUACAAAUUGUUACCGAAGCAGCCAUUUAAGUUGUACAAACAUAUUGAGAGAAGGAGUACAUGUUGCAUUUUUUUAUAUAUAUACCCAUAUAUUGUUACAUUGUAAGGAUUUUUAUAUAGAUUUUAAGUUUCAUUUAAACAAUUGUUUUCUUUUUUAAGCAAAAGUUUUUUCAUUAACAUGUUUAAUUUUUCAUAAAUUGCAAAAUAAAUUUUUGGCAAAACAAA